UAAACCUUUAUGUGUUUAUUUCUGUGGUGUCAUCCAGUAUUAGUAUCCCGUCUCAAAAUCUGACAUGGAGACACAGAAUGAAUGAGCUGAAAUCAACAGUUUGUUCCAUUAUCUUCAAAUAAAAACUGAUGUCAUCAAAAUAAUUUGAAAGAUGCGAUAAUCACAAAAAUUGUAUUCAUACCACAGAACUGCAGCUAAAAAUCAACACCAGAAAUGCUCCAUAGUUGGUAGAAUAUCAACAAGUCAACUCUAGUCACAUGUUAUGUUGUUUUAACCCUCAUACUUUGGAAACAGACAGACUUGAUUCUUGUCUAAUUUCUAAUGUUGUGUGUUACAGAGUAUACUUGUCCUGCAGGAUGGAGGAUGUUCAGACAUUCCUGUUAUCUCCUCUCCAGUGAGUCUGGUUCCUGGUCAAGAGGCAGACAGGACUGCAUAAAGAAAGGAGCAGAUCUGGUGGUUAUAGACAGCACUGAAGAACAGACAUUCUUGUCUACCUUCACUGAGGUAGGAAGAUAUAGUUGGAUUGGUUUGACUGACAGAGACGAAGAGGGAACCUGGAAAUGGAUUGAUGGAACACCACUGACUUUAAGACAAUGUGAGGUGACUGGCAGUUCCAGGUACUGGGAGACAAAUGAGCCUAAUAAUGGAGGUGGAGAUCCGAAGGUCGGUGAAGAGGACUGUGCACAUAUCACAUCUGACAAGAAAACUGAAGACAACUGGAAUGAUCUGUUAUGUGAUGCUUCUCUCGUCUUUUCACCACACUCUCAUGCUGUAUUCAACAGGCACCAAGUGAAGAAAACAACUCUAACAAUGAAACAGAACAUCCUGUAUCUCAAUCUAGACAAUCUACUGGAUGAGAUCUGAGACUGUCUUCACCAGAAAAAUAAAAGCACUGGUUGUUUGUACAAGUGACUUGAGGAAGAGUUCAGGUGGACGGGUGGGUCAGCAAACCAU